UAGCCAUGCGUGAAUAUAUCAUCAGAUUGGUCUGGUUGAAAAUAGUGAUAACACAACAAGGAAAUCAACUCUACUUCCUUCCCAUCACCCAUCCUUGGUAUCCGGCGCACCCUCGCUCUGAUUGUUAUAACCCGACCGCUCGAUAUUUUCGAUGAAAGAGGAGGGAAGGUGGAAGAUCCCGAGGGCGGAGGGAUACCCCCUGGUGUAGGAUAGACUAAGUAUGGCAUGUGAGCACCGUUGGAUUAAUAUUCCUCUGCUUUAUUUUCAAAGGCAAGUUAGUGGCUUACUUUGGAAAUUGUCAGUUUCAAUGCAAUCUUAAAUUUAGAGAUUCACCUGAUUAUAGUGUACAGAUUGAAAGCCUGAGGCCAAGAAUCACAGACUGCGGUGUGUUUGUUUGUUUCAGCUUCUCCGCACGUCUCAGCUUGAGCUCCAGCUCAACCAACUCUUCCACUCAACACCAUCACAACUCAUCGAUCUCGACCACAAUCCAUCACCAUGGCUCAUCCACCCACGAUGAAGGCCUGGCAAUACGACAGCACGUCGCCCUCCGUCGUCCAAAACCUCACCUUCAACGCCUCCGCCCGCUCUCCACCGUCCCCCUCACGCCCCUCCCAGCUUCUCAUAAAAGUCCUCUCCGCGGCCCUCAACCCAGCAGACUGCAAAGUCCCCGAACAAUCGACAAUCCUCGGCUACACCCUCAUCUGCAAACUACCCGCCUCCCCAGGCCUCGACUUCGCGGGCGAAGUCGUCGCCACACACCCCUCCCACAACGGCGAGUUCAAACCCGGCCAGCGCGUCUACGGCUGCCUCGCGCGUCCACGAGAAUUCGGCACAACAGGAGAAUACAUCCUCGUGAAUCAAAACGAUCUAGCGCCUCUACCAGAAGAAGGGGUGAGCAUCGACAACGCAGCAUGUCUAGGCGUUGCCGUGCGCACAGCGUACCAGUCUGUAAAGCCAUACCUGACGAAACCGGAGAUGAAGGUCUUUAUAAACGGAGGUUCGGGCGGGUGCGGGGUCUUCGCGAUCCAGUUUGCGAAGAUGCUGGGCGCGCAUGUCACUGCUACCUGUUCGACGAGGAAUGUUGGGCUAGUGGAAUCUCUCGGCGCUGACCAGGUUAUUGAUUAUACGGCUCUGGAUGUUACGGAGGCGCUCAAGGGGAUGGGGUUGGUGUUUGACCUUGUGCUGGACCAUAUCGGGGUUCCCGUGGAUUUGUAUGCGCAGGCGCAUCAUUUCCUGAAGGGGGGUGGGACGUGGGUGCAGGUUGGCGCGGGGAGUAUGAUGACCGCAGUGUGGAGGCUUAUUACGCCGCGGUUUCUGGGUGGUGGGAGGAGGUGGUUUGUUCCGCUGGCGAUGAAGAACUCGAAGGAAGAUCUUGUGGAGAUUGGGCAGCUACUGGCGCAGAAGAAGUUCCGGGUUGUGGUUGAUGAGGUGUUUGGGUUUGCGAAUGUGCCUGAGGCGUAUGAGAAGUUGGGUACUGGGAGAGCGAGGGGGAAGAUUAUUGUGAGGGUUGCAGAGAGCGACUGAUAAAGUGAUAUAAGCUUAGCCGUGAUAUUCAAUAUUGAUAGAUCGUAUGGUAGAAUUUUCAACACCAGGCGUAUUUCUCGCUCAGGACCCAGUCUACUGAGCCUGCACUGUACCAUCGCAAACAAGGUAUACUAUCACAUACCCUCGUCUUACACUCAAACGGCACACCACUCUGCUUAAUCAAGUCUUCCAGCUCGCUCUCUGGAGCCCAGAGUUUGACCUUUCCCAUCCCCCAUUC